AUGGCUCAUCCCAGGUAAGUGAGUCUAGGUGAUCAUUUUGUGGUAAAGUAACACUCUCUUAUUAAGAUUAAAAACAUUAAAUAGUUGAAACAAUAUCAUAGCCAUUAUCAAUGGGCAAAACUAUGUUCAACCAUUUAAACUAUUAUGAUUGUUGCUUUGAUUGUAAACCCUGUCUCUUUUUUUUCAGUUGUUAUUGCUGUUGCCAUCAUAAUUUUGUUUAUGUUGCUCGGUGUUGGUUGGUUAGUGUACAAAAAGCUGAAGAAGGGGUAAGGGUAGUUUCAUUAUGACACAACAGUACAUUCCACAUACAACCACUGGCACACAAUUCUCACCCCUUCGUAUUAAAACAACUUGACUGAAAAGGUUCUGACCCCAAUCACAAGUUUACUUUAGAGACCACCAAACUGUUGUGUUCUCAGAAAUUUAUGUCAGAAAUCUUCUGUUUAUUUUAUUACCACCUACAAGUUAUUUCCUUGCCCUUUGUAGUGUUGUGUGUGCACUAGAAAUGUAUCCUGAUUUAAUGCAUACUGUAUCUUACUACAUAGGUUUCCAAGCCAGACCAAUAAUGAUAUUGAGAUGAACAAUAUGGGAACAGACAGGUAAACUUUUCCACAUCAGAAUCCCUUGAUAUAUUGAUCCCAGGGGUCAUGUUAGUUUCUGUUAGUUUCUGUCUCCAUAGAGGACAUUGUGGUGGUGGAGGAAGGGGUCGUAAUAAAUGUGAACUCUGAUUACUGUAUGUCUUAUUACUCCUACAGCACUAAGGACCAUACUGAUGACCUGCCUCCUGAUGCUGAGACUCUGGGUCAACCUCAGAUUAAUGGACAGGUGCUCUCUGACAGGUGAGAUCCUGGCUUUUACACUGUUCUGUGUGUAUGUCAUGGGCAGGAUCGAACCCGGGUCUCCCAUGGGAGAAACCAACGUUUUGACUGUUAGCCCAAGCAGAAAUGUCCUGUUGGGCCGUGGGUGACACUAAUUGUGAAGUUGCAGGCAGGGCUACCUCAUCACGAGACCAUGAGCCCUACUCAUGUCCGCUACAUGUAGCAGCAGCCAUCUUUUGACUUUAAAGUUGCAUGUGAUGCUACACAAAAUGUAAUAUUUGUGAAUCAGUCCUCUGUAAUAUAGGCUUUGGACAUGGACAAAAUAUGUACCCCUCCCAAACAAUAUCAUUAAAUGCAAUAUAAUAAUCUCCCCUUUAGCGACAAAGGAGAAGAAGGCGUACUAGGAGUGGAGGACGGAAAGCCGUCAGACAAUGACAGAGCAGACACUGAAUCCUGUCAGAAGACACAUGCUGAUUCCCCUCCACUGAAUGUACCCAAGGUUGUCAGGUAAAUUCUCCACAUGAGGACUCCUUUGAUAGAUCCUCAUUAUCCAUUGAAUGACAAUCUCAUUUCUCCCUUCAGAAUUGAUCCCAUGGAUCAUGUUAGUCUCUGCCUCUAUGGAGGACAGUGUUGUUUGUGGUGGAACAUAAGUUUUAACCCUGAUGAUCACCCUGGUAUUGCUCCCACAGGGUUAACGGCCAGACUGAUGACGCACAGCUUCUGGGUCAACCUCAGAGCAAUGGAUGCGUGCCAUAUAGAAGGUGAGAAUGUGUAUUUCAUUCCAAACACUUUUGUCUGUGUUUAAAGUUCCAUGGGAUGGUAGAGGAGGUUAAAUAACUGUUUGAGGUCAUGUUUCCUGAUCCAGUCUGUAUCUUACACCACAGGGAAUCACACCUGACCGAUGGGGCUCCAGGUCAGGGUGCUGGUGAGACUUCACCCCUCCUCUGCAGGUGAGUCAGUCCUCUGUAAUUUAGGCCAUGAACAUGUAGACCAUGUGUACCCCCCUAAAACAGAUCCUUAAAUUCUUAUUCAUGUAAUAAUCACCCUUAGAAGCCCAGUAGAGGAAGGUGUGCUAGAAGGGGAGGACAGGAAGCCCACAGACAGUGGGGGAACAUACCCUGAAUCCUGUCAGAAGACACAUGCUGAACCCCCUGACAUCAGGUAAACUUCACUACAUAUUGAUACAUCCAGUACUCAUUGUAUGAUAACCUCACCAACCCCAUCGUCACUUGGUUCAUGUUAGCCUCUGUCUCUAUAGGGGACAGUAUUAUGGUGGAUCGUGAAUGUUGAUGUCUUAUUUCUUCAACAGGGUUAACAACAAGACCAAGGAACUGACUCCUGAUGCACAGAGUCCAGGACCUCCUCAGAUGAAUGGACGACCUCCCAUGUCUAACAGAGUUGCAAAGGAGACCACUGGUCUAUUGGACAAACAGGCCUUGGACAAGGACCAAGUCAGCAAACCUGAGUUAAUAGUAAGUACUGUUUAUGCCAACUGGUGAAUUGUUUGUCUUGGUAUCUAAAAUGACGGGGCUGGUUGUCUUUUUGCUCCAGCAUAUUUGUAACUCUUGUGUUUUUCCUAAGGACAAAGGACCUAAUGACAUGGAGUCAAGAAGAGGAGAACUGUAACAAGCGGUGGACGUUUGUAUAACAAAAGAGAACCUAAUAAGAUAUGAUAAGAUACAGUAAUAUAUGAUAUACAGUGCAUAUUAUAAGAUACACAUAUGUGACUAGCUUCAUCAUAAUCAGUCAUAUCAACCCCAAGACACAUUCUGAGCAGUGUGUUUUAAUGAACAGUGAUUUUCAGAAACCUCAACAGUUUAUUAAGUUAAUUUUCUAUGCGACAGCUGUAAUCUGGAUAGGUUAGGAAACAUGUUCUAGUGAAAUCAGUUGAAAUUCAAAAACAGCCCAAGACUUUUAGAUAACUAAAAUGACAAAAUUACUAUUAUCUAAAUUAUUAUUAUCUACAUUUUGUAUUACUAUUGAAAAUGACUGCGACUUAUGACUGAUUAUGAUACAGCAUGUCACAUAUUAGCUAUACAACAUUAUAAUGAUAUGAAAGUAUGGUAAGAUCAUACUUACACUAGUAUUGUAUACUAUACAUACAAGCUAAUAUAUAUCACAUUCACAUGAGAAGAUGGAUAAAACGUAAACCUCUUUACUAUAGACAUUUCCAAGGUCAUGAGGUCUCAAUGUCUUGUGGACAUGUCAAAUACAGCUAAACAUUGACCCAGCGUUAUUUACACAGUAUAUACAAAAGUAUGUGGACACC